AUGUUAGCAUUUACUCCCCACGAUUCACCAAUCCCCAAUCCAGGUUACGGUCCGGCUGAGAUGGAGAGGAAAAUGGCAGCGCUCGUGAAGUCUUGUCGUGCAGCUUUCGUUGACUUCAUCAAAGCGGAGAACGACUUGGUCACGGAAAUGAACGGUAAAAUUGAGGCUCUACGUCAGCGGGUCUCGGAGUGUUGUGCAGCCCUUGGACUGCCACCCUACUUUCCAGCUCUCGGGUUGACCUCGUGCCAACUACUCCAAGACCUUACCAAUAAGGUUGCAGAACUUGAGCAGGAAAAAGUAAGACGAAAAGAGGAGCUUAGGCGAUUGUGCUGCGAGAUUAUCAAGUCAAGUCUACAACUAGGACGCGAUGCUGGAUUUAUCAAGCAACAGUUAGCCGCGAUUCAAAAUAUCCAAGCUGCUAAAAGGACCAUUUCUUCCUUAGCCACCGACGUCCCUUCUGAGGGAGACAUAAGCACUCUGCAGGCCAUUCUGGCGGAGAACAAUGCAACCCUGGGUCCCCUUAUUUCUCAAAUGAACGCUCUGCAAAGCGAUAUUCGCCGGAUAGCUGCUGAGAUCGCCUACGAAGUGAAAUCACCUCGUGAAAAGGAACUGCUUCAGGUCGAUGAGGAGGCAAGAGAAGGCAAUUCAGAAGGUAGCAUGAAUGGGUGCGAAGAAAUGUUCAACGUCGACGACGAGAUUAAGCGUAUUGCCGGAACGAUGAAAGGAGUUCUUCCGAAUGAUGCCGACUUGGAGCUUGUCACGUGGAAGGUUAACAUUCGAAAUUUUCGUUUCGAGGAGUUGAAAGAAAUGCGCCUGCGCUUGGUUAAGGAGAAAGCCCGAUUGGUUGGAACUUGCGAGGAACUUCGCUCCUACCUCGCCAGCAUGUGGAACCGUCUGGACAAGCCAGCCGAUGAACAGGAGACGUUCCUUAGAAAGUGCGAAGGCUUUACUCCUCAGUCCCUCGAAUUACUCGAAGUGGAAGCAGAUGCUUGCCGCAAAGAGCGCCUCCAAACCAUCCAAACGUACCUUCCAGUUGUCAGAGGCGAACUGCUCGACCUCGCCCGCACCUGCUGUCUCGAGGAGCAGGAGACGUCGAAACUAGUGAAACUUGAGGCCUCCGCAACUGUUGAUGGUGGCAAAGGACUUGUUGACUACCUUGAACACCGCAUCGAGGAGCUUAAGGUGGUUUUUCGGCAGCAUCGUCGUGUCUACGAGGCAAUCGCCUCUUUCCAAUUAUCAUUUAGAGCUCUUCAACAGGUGGAACAGCGGCUGAAAGACCCAGCAAUCCUCUCCAACCGUGGCGGAAUUCUACUAAAAACCGAAAAGGAAAAAAAGAGGUUACUGAAGGAAGUAGAAAAAACAGAAAAGGAAGCUUUAGCAGCUAUUGAUGAGUACGAGACCGAAAAAGGAAAGCCUUUCGUCCUCUCCAAUGGAAAGACCUUUGUUCAGAUCGUGGAAGAACAGCGUCAACAGGUGGUUGGAUCCAACCGCGGAAGUCGCGCAUCCAGCGCAGCAGGGCGAAGACCUAACUCUGGUGGGCACCCUGGAUCUCCUCCAUGUUAA